AUGGUUGCUUUCACUGUUGACCAAAUGCGUUCGUUAAUGGACAAGGUUACGAAUGUUCGUAACAUGUCCGUUAUUGCGCACGUCGAUCACGGUAAGUCUACUUUGACCGACUCCUUGGUCCAAAGAGCCGGUAUUAUUUCCGCUGCCAAGGCCGGUGAAGCUCGUUUCACCGAUACCAGAAAGGAUGAGCAAGAGAGAGGUAUCACUAUUAAGUCCACUGCCAUCUCUUUGUACUCUGAGUUCUCUGAGGACGAUGUCAAGGACAUCAAGCAAAAGACUGAAGGUAACUCUUUCUUGAUCAACUUGAUCGACUCUCCAGGUCACGUCGACUUCUCUUCUGAAGUUACUGCCGCUUUGCGUGUCACCGACGGUGCUUUGGUCGUCGUUGACACCGUUGAAGGUGUGUGUGUCCAAACCGAAACUGUGUUGAGACAAGCUCUAGGUGAAAGAAUCAAGCCUGUUGUUGUCAUCAACAAGGUCGACAGAGCUCUUUUGGAAUUGCAAGUUUCCAAGGAAGAUUUGUACCAAUCUUUCUCCAGAACUGUCGAAUCCGUCAACGUUAUCAUCUCUACUUACGCUGACGAAGUCUUGGGUGACGUUCAAGUCUACCCAUCUCAAGGUACCGUUGCUUUCGGUUCCGGUUUGCACGGUUGGGCUUUCACCAUCCGUCAAUUCGCCAACAGAUACUCCAAGAAGUUUGGUGUCGACAGACAAAAGAUGAUGGAGAGAUUGUGGGGUGACUCUUACUUCAACCCAAAGACCAAGAAGUGGACCAACAAGGAAACCGAUGCUGAUGGUAAGCCAUUGGAAAGAGCUUUCAACAUGUUCGUCUUGGACCCUAUUUUCAGACUAUUCGCUGCCAUCAUGAACUUCAAGAAGGACGAAAUCCCAACUUUGUUGACCAAAUUGGAAAUCACUUUGAAGGGUGACGAAAAGGACUUGGAAGGUAAGGCCUUGUUGAAGGUUGUUAUGAGAAAGUUCUUGCCAGCUGCCGAUGCUUUGCUAGAAAUGAUCUGUUUGCACUUGCCAUCCCCAGUCACUGCUCAAGCUUACAGAGCCGAGCAAUUGUACGAAGGUCCAGCUGACGAUCCAGCCUGUGUUGCCAUCAGAAACUGUGACCCUAAGUCUGACUUGAUGUUGUACGUUUCCAAGAUGGUUCCUACCUCCGAUAAAGGUAGAUUCUACGCUUUCGGUAGAGUUUUCGCCGGUACUGUCAAGUCCGGUCAAAAGAUCAGAAUUCAAGGUCCAAACUACGUCCCAGGUAAGAAGGACGACCUUUUCAUCAAGGCUAUCCAAAGAGUUGUUUUGAUGAUGGGUAGAUUCGUCGAGCCAAUUGACGACUGUCCAGCUGGUAACAUUGUUGGUUUGGUCGGUAUCGAUCAAUUCUUGUUGAAGAGUGGUACUUUGACCACCUACGAGACUGCUCACAACAUGAAGGUCAUGAAGUUCUCUGUCUCUCCAGUUGUUGAAGUCUCCGUUGAGGUCAAGAACGCUAACGACUUGCCAAAGUUGGUCGAAGGUUUGAAGAGAUUGUCCAAGUCUGACCCAUGUGUUUUGACUUACAUGUCCGAAUCUGGUGAACACAUUGUCGCCGGUACCGGUGAGUUGCACUUGGAAAUUUGUUUGCAAGAUUUGGAGAACGAUCACGCUGGUAUUCCAUUGAAGAUCUCUCCUCCAGUCGUUGCCUACAGAGAAACUGUUGAAGGUGAAUCUUCUCAAGUUGCUUUGUCCAAGUCUCCAAACAAGCAUAACAGAAUCUACUUGAAGGCUGAGCCAAUCGAUGAAGAAGUUUCUUUGGCUAUCGAAAACGGUACCAUCAACCCAAGAGAUGAUUUCAAGGCUCGUGCCAGAAUCAUGGCCGAUGACUUCAACUGGGACGUCACCGACGCCAGAAAGAUCUGGUGUUUCGGUCCUGACGGUAACGGUCCAAACUUGGUCGUCGACCAAACCAAGGCCGUCCAAUACUUGAACGAAAUCAAGGACUCCGUUGUUGCUGCUUUCCAAUGGGCUUCCAAGGAAGGUCCAAUCUUCGGUGAACAAAUGCGUUCCGUCAGAGUUAACAUCUUGGAUGUUACUUUGCACGCUGAUGCUAUCCACAGAGGUGGUGGUCAAAUCAUCCCAACUAUGAGAAGAGCUACCUACGCCGGUUUCUUGUUGGCUGAUCCAAAGAUUCAAGAACCUGUUUUCUUGGUCGAAAUUCAAUGUCCAGAGAAUGCUAUCGGUGGUAUUUACUCCGUUCUAAACAAGAAGAGAGGUCAAGUCAUCUCUGAAGAACAGAGACCAGGUACUCCUCUAUUUACCGUCAAGGCUUACUUGCCAGUUAACGAAUCUUUCGGUUUCACUGGUGAAUUGAGACAAGCUACUGGUGGUCAAGCUUUCCCACAAAUGGUGUUCGACCACUGGGCUACUUUGGGUACUGACCCAUUGGACCCAACCACCAAGGCUGGUGAAAUUGUUGUUGCUGCUCGUAAGAGACACGGUAUGAAGGAGGAGGUUCCAGGCUGGCAAGAAUACUACGACAAGUUGUAA